CACUUUUCAAAAUAAGAAGUAAUGACAUUCCUUCGCAUUGAGUGAUGAAAAAUCUGCCCUUCUAGCGCGUCCAUGAAUUAAGCGGCUCUUCUGUUUUAUUCUUUAUUCUGGAUAUUUAUGCAGUUGGGCCGAAACUGCUGAUGGAAGGAACAUCAGUAAAAGCCGUGCAAGCAGUUUCCACUUUCUUGUGUGAAAGCUGAAAGCCAUACUUGUUUUAACGGGACCUUUUGAAGAUGAGUCGAAAUUUGAGAAGUAAUGCCAAAAAGAGUGUCGCAGAAAUUGAAAGAGCCGAUACUCCUGAUUCUCCUGAACCUGAAGACAACAAGGAGCAGACAGAGCUUCUCGCAUCGAAGCUCAGCUACGACCCAGGAUGGUACCAUCUGUCCAGAGAAGAAAGGGCAAAGUUGCUGUGCAGAAAAAUAUUUUGCAUUGACUAUGGAGAAGCAAAUGAUUACCAGAAGAAACUCCUCCGAACUGUGGACAUUCUCAAAAUGGAAAACAUUCUCAGCCUGGAAAAAACAGCAAUGCCCCUCCACAUCAUGCUUGGCGUCGGUCGACUCUUUUUCCGGAUGGAUUUUUGGGAAUUGAGUGAAGAACAAAAACAUGAUUUGGAGGAAUGGAUGCUGAAGGGUUCCAAAGGAGAUCCUGUAAAGCAUCUGAACACAUUGACGGAGGCCGGAGAAAACUGGCUUGCCUCGGUCGAAGAGGCCAAAUUGAAAUCUCUACGGAGACAGCCGAAUUUGGCUUUGGCCAAGAAAUUCUUCUCUGUGAAAUACCUGCAGCUGAGUGAAUUGGAAUGCGAUGCCAUUAAUGAUUUCAAGCAAAACAUUACAAGGAGACUGGACGAGAUCGAGAAAAUCAAAGAGGAGAAAGCUGCCGAAGCUGCAAAGGAGGAGGAAGUUGUAAUUACGUACUGUCAAUUGGAGCCUGUGAAAAUCAAACAAGAGAAACCUGACGAUUUUGAAAUAGCAAUCAAACAAGAGCCGGAAGAUUCUGAUGAUGACAUAGAGCUACACAGGACUGUUGUAUUAAGAGUGGAAGAAGUGACCAAGGAAGUCAAGAUGAUCCAGUUAGCCGAGGACUUACCUUUGCCACCUGAUCAGCAAGAGGACGAACCUGUACCGGAAACUACAAAAUCUAAAAAUGAUCAACCGCCACCUAAAGCUACUGAAGAAAGUCAAUAUGCACAAAAGAGUGGCAAGAGUGCAGAGGAAAACAUGGAAAUUACAGAGACUGAAGUUUUCCAAAAUGUGGAAAAAGACAAUGCAUCAUCUGAGAAAGCCGCAAAUGAAUCUCAUAAGGAAGACCCCAAGGAGACAAAACCAGUUGAUUCCCAGCCUGCUCCAAAGACACCAACAAAAAUAGAUGACCAUAAUGAUGCUCUAUCUGAAAAGAGUUGUGCAAAAUCUGUUGAUGCUGACAAAUUUCCGAAAGGGAGUGAAGCUGGAAAGUCUUCCGAGCAACAAAGUUCAUCGUCACAUCAAGAUAACAAUAGCGAAAUUAAAAGAACAGCUAAAGUAGCUAAAAAAAGAGUAAUGUCUCCAGAAAAUAUGGAAACCUCUAGCAAGAAAGACAGAUUUGAUGAAGAAGUACCAGAGAAUCCUUCUACAACAAGUGUCAAGUCUUCUCAAAUAAAGAAAAAUAAAAAACAACUUCGCCAAGACAAAUAUAGGCAAAGGCACAUAUCAAAAAAUUCUGAUGCAAGUAGCAGCAGAAGCGCUGGUGACUUUGAAGAAGAAGCAAACAUGAAUGAACAGGCAAACAUGCAGAAUGAACCUAUCCAUCGAGCCAACUUGUUGUACAAAAUGAAGGUUUGGAAAACUUUUGAAGAUCUGCUGUGGGUUCAAAUGGAUAUUCUGGUUGACAUUUUGCGCAUCAAAGCCGAACAAAAUCAAGACAUGUCGCCAACUUCCAUUUCAAUGUACAACGCCAUCAAAAACAGCCACCAAAUUCCUGGCAUUGAGUUUGAAAUAAACUGGAUUGUUGCUGCCAAAAAGCUGAGCGACGACGAAAAAGAAGCCAAGCAUAUUCUGGACAUGAUGAGAAAGGUGGCCAAGAAAUUCAUGGUGGUUCUGGCGCUUUAUGAACAUGAGCAAGACUUGAAGACAAGACCGAGUUCUUGUGAUGUAAGGGCAACGGUACAAGCGGAUAAAGUAAUAUCAGUUGAAAAAAUUUUAAAAUGUGGAAAAUUUAGUCUGGUAUGGCAAACUGUCACAGAAGCAGCCAUAAUUCCUGUUCUGAAUAAGGAAUCGCGCUUUAUUUUUCAAAGAAAUUACAAAACGUUGAUCAGAACAUGCAAGGCAAAAGUACUAGAGCAAUUUCUGAUGUGUGUGCCUCAUGCUCUACACUUGUCUUCUGAUGACGUCGCAUUCCUGCUGUUCAGAAAACCUGCCAAUGCACUGAACGCACAUGCAGGUGUCUGUGUUCAAAUAAUGCACUUGAGCUUUUGUGCUUGUUUCGUUAGGAACAAAAACUGUUCAUGGAAACUUCCAUCUGUCAAGCUUACUGUUGGUGAAAAAUUGAAGUUCUGUUGUAUGAAUUCAAUUACAAAUCAACAAGUGUAUAUUAUACUUAGCAAAAUUUUGCCUUUCCUCAGUGAUGAACAAAGAAUGGUUUUUAACACAUCAAUGACUGCAUUGAAAGCACGCCUCAUUCAUAUAACCACGACGAGGAAAAUGUACAAGAGCCUCACAGAUGAUAGGUACUUUCAAAAGUUAGCCCAGUUCAAAGGUGAUGCCCAUCAGAUGAAGAAACUGGAGAAGGAACUUGAAAAGAUCAAGAGUGAUAAAUCGAAGCCAGAAACAGUCGAGAAGGGUUCCCCGAGCAGUGAGAAAUCCACUUCGCAGCUGAUUGAGCUUGAGAUGCUUCGACUGAGAACUUUGAUUCUGCAGCAGGAGUUGGACAAACUGAAUUGCGAAAAGGAAAAAGAGACUCCGAUUGAAGAAAGUGGGUGCGAAGAAUUUUCGAUACCAUCCCAGGGUCAAGAGAAACAAAAUGAACAGGAAGUCGAAAUGCAAGUGCAAGUUGAAGAAGAAGUAAGCAAAUCUGCAGAAACGGCUAAAGACGCAGGCCCUCCGAAGGAAGUAGGCAAUGAACAGGGCCAAGAUGACAAAAUGCAAGUUGAGGAAGAAAUAAGCAAAUCUGUUGAAACGGCUGAAGACGCAGGCCCUCCAAAGGUAGAAGGCAAUGAACAAGGCCAAGAUGACCAAAUGCAAGUUGAGGAAGAAAUAAGCAAAUCAACAGACAUGUCUGAGGAUGUAAGUCUGCCAAAAGAGGCAAUUCUUGUUGAAGAAGCUGCCAAAAUACCAGAAGUGUCUGCAGAGCCAAGCAUUAAUUUCCCAGCACAUAAUGUUUGCACUGCAGAACCUAAAGAUCUGUCCGAAGGAGAAUGUUCGAGCUCGGAUGAAGAGGAGAGUAAGAAGGACGAAGGAGAGGAGUUGGAGGAAGGAGAGCUGAGGGAAAAUCAGCGUAAAUCUGAAGAGGAACACACUGAACUAAAGAGACUGCAGAAAAAGGUGCACCGAAUGAGGAGGCAGGUGGCCAUCAACGCUUUGCUGCUGGAGCCACACAAAUUGGACGAGGUGGCCGACAUUCUGCUGAGCAAAACCUUUGCAGAAUUGGCAGGCUCCGAACGCAGGCGGGUCAUGAAAUUUGCCUUAAAGUUCAACUUUGAAGCUGCCCAGAGAGCAGCACUGGAAAGACUGUCUCCAGAACCAUGUGCCUCCCCACCUAUUUUCCACACUCCGAUCCAACAUUCCGAACAAGCUGCAGGCUCAGCAGGAAACGCGGCGCCCCUUCAGUCGCCAUCAGUCAGCUCUAAUCUGCAGUUGGAAGCUCGGGCUGAAAAAGCGCCUGCGAAAGAAACUCCCAUGGACGCAGAACCGACACCACUCAUGGAUAAACCAACGGCCCUAAUUCCUCCCAAUCGGAGCAGCGCGUCUGCAGAAGGCCAGUAUGAAGGAGAUCUUUUGGAAAAACAAGAAAGUUUGAUGCCAAAGAUUGUUACGAAUAUUCGCAUCUGCCAACGCUGUCACCUGCAGGGACACACCAUCAGCUACUGUCGGUAUAGAACUUGUGCCGGCAUUCCUAAAAGUGACCUUGUACCAUGCAACGCAGACUCGCCUGGUGCCAUGGUCUCUCCAAGUGGAUUUGUCAGAAUGAAAAUUUACGAAGAGUUUGAAAACCCAAAGGAAAAGGUCGAGAAAAGCCCUCCGACUUUUGUCAGCUCAUUCCAGCCCGUAGCAAACAUUUGCGAGUCGGAAUCACCUCCUCACAAACCUGAAGAGAAAGACGUUGAAACUAAAUCAGAGGAUGAAAUUGAAACGAUCAAAGUCGUAAAAGAACUGGAGAACAUAAACGAAGUUCCUUGCACCCUCAAACCAGAGUCAGAUGAGCGUGCUCCUCUAGUGAACAAAAUCAAAGCAAGCAUCUUGUCAGUAUUUUUAAAGAAAAAAGGCGCUGACAGACUUUGGUCUAAGUUUACGAUCAAAAAUUGUCGUGAUCACUCGGAAGAGUUCCUGCUCAACGCAACACUGAGUGCGCUUUCGCACAAAGUUAAUUCAUUUGUGCCUGUGUGGUUCCACAGAGUGCAGAAUGAUGCUGCUUUCUUUGUGAAAAAUGCAUCUGAUGCAAUUUUACAUUUCUUGGACCACAACUUGAUAGUUAAUGUUCAGGAGAAGUCCUUGCAGUUAAAUUUAGAAAUUGAAAUUGGGACUAAGGAUAGCAAGCUGACUCCUUUCCCUGUCAAUGAUCUCAUUUUUGAAGCAAUCCGAAGGAGAAUCAAGGCUGGCAACGUGGAUUUGUCAUCAUUUCAUCAGCAUCCAGAUCUGGCUCGAUAUUGCUUCUUUCCUCUUAAUCGUCAAAACAAUCUAGUGAAAGUCCUACGACUCAUCAUGUUCUUCGAGUCGUCCACCCUAACCACUGUCAGUCUUGCCGACAAUGACCUUGAUGAUCUGAACUUGAUUUUUUCUAUCAAAGAGCCAGUGUUUGCAUCAGUUACAAAAGUUGAUGCUCGAAACAACAAGAUUACAAAAAGAAGCAUGGCAGCAAUGUCGAGGAUUAUGUCGGGCCCUGAAACUUUUAAUGUCAAAGAACUGCACCUGGAUGGCAAUCCUAUUUGUAGCGAGUUUAGUUCUCCCAAAGGAUAUGUUGAAUUUGUGACUGGAGUAUUUCCUUCGUUGGAAGUCUUGGAUGGCUGCAAGCUCUCUGAAAAGCUGUUGUAUUACUUUUGUGACCCAAAUUCAAAAGCGUUUGCCGAGCAGUUCACCAGACAGUACUUCAGCAUUUUUGACAGUGAUCGCCGUGAUCUCCUGAGAGGACUUUACCAUGAAGAAGCUCUCUUCUCUCUCACAAGCACAGUUUUGCAAAGUCAAUCAACCACCACAUCAGCAAAUUUGGACAAGUACUUGGACUGCAGUAGGAACAUGAAGAAGUUCAGUGACUUAGAAAAAAUCAACAAACUUUUGGUUGUUGGAAAUUCAAGAGUCGUCCAGUACAUGAAAACCUUCCCAGCAACUGAACAUGAUGAUGCCUCAUUCACAGUAGAUGUGACAUUAUUUACACCUCGGCAUGUAAAGUUGGCGGUUUCUGGCUUGUUCAAAGAAUCUCAACGAGAAGACACAAGCCCGAGACACUUCUACAGAGUUUUUGUCCUGAAGCAAGUGGGCGAUUCAUUUGUCAUCAGCAAUGAAAUGCUGUUUGUGACUAACUGCACAACUGAGCAGAAUAAGCAGAGAGAGGCAAGUUCAAAGAACAGGCCACCGUCUGAUUCAAGUCUAGACCUUUUUAUGAACACGAAAUCCAAAGAGCGAGAUUUGACGGAGGCAGAAAAAGACAGGAUGGCAAAUAAACUAAGUGAAGUGACUGAAAUGAAGAAGGAAUGGUCCAAAAAGUGUCUAGCUGACGUGGACUGGGACUUUAGGAAUGCCUUGAUUUACUUUCAAAGACUGUACGAAGAACAGCAGGUGCCAGGGGAAGCAUUUACAAAUAUGACCUUGACUGACUCGUCAACUAGCACUGCAGACUAGUGGAUGAUUGAAUGAUUGAUUAUGCUCUCUUGUUUGCUCUUAGCUUUCCUAAGUAACGUCUGGUCAAAUUUUUUCUAAUAAAAAUACAUAAUAAGUAAAACACAAUAUAAGAAACUUGAUUUAUUUUAC